UGCAGGAUACGGAGGUGCUGAACACGGCCGUCCUCACCGGGAAGCCUGUCUCGGUUCCCGUCAAGGUCGUGGGCAUUCAGGAGGACGGCUCCGUGGUGGACGUGUUGGAGGCUGUGGAGUGCAGGUCUGCGGAUGAAGAUGUCGUGAAGGUCUCCAACCACUGCGAUUCCAUUUUUGUGAACGGGAAGGAAAUGAAGAGCAAAGUGGACACGACCGUGAACUUCACGCACCAGCACUUCACCUCCCAGCUAGAGGUCACCGUCUGGGCGCCUAGACUCCCCCUGCAGAUUGAGAUCUCAGACACAGAGCUGAGCCAGAUCAAGGGCUGGAGGAUCCCCGUGGCCUCCAACAGAAGGCCCACCCGAGAGAGCGAGGACGAGGAGGACGAGGAGAAGAAGGGCAGGGGCUGCUCCCUGCAGUAUCAGCACGCCACGGUGCGCGUCCUCACCCAGUUCGUGGCCGAGGCGCCCGACUUGGGUCAGCUGAGCUACAUGCUGGGCCCCGACUGGCAGUUCGACAUCACCGACCUCGUGGCCGAUUUCAUGACGGUGGAGGAGCCGAGGAUCGCGCAGCUCCAGGGCGGCAGGACCCUGGUGGGCCGGGAGCCGGGGAUAACCACCGUGCAGGUGCUCUCACCUCUGUCCGACUCCAUCCUGGCUGAGAAGACAGUGAUCGUGUUGGACGACCGCGUCACCAUCGCCGACCUGGGCGUGCAGCUGGUGGCCGGCUUGUCUCUUGCCCUGCAGCCUCACAGAGCGGACAAGAGGGCUAUUGUCUCCACGGUGUCUGCCCAGGACGUCCUCCAGGCCCCGCAGCAGGAAGCAAUAGUCAGUUCUUGGAUUUUGUUCAGUGAUGGUUCAGUGACACCCUUAGACAUUUAUGAUUCCAAGGAUUUUUCAGUUACUGUGUCAUCAUUGGAUGAAAUGGUGGUGUCUGUCCAAGCAAACCUUCAGUCCAGAUGGCCGGUUGUGGUCGCACAGGGUGAAGGGCAAGGGCCCUUGAUUAAAUUAGAAAUGAUGAUUAGUGAGCCCUGUCAGAAGACCAAGAGGAAGAGUGUUCUUGCCGUGGGUAAAGGGAAUGUCAAGGUCAGAUUUGAACCAAAUAUUUAUGAGCACCAAGGAGGCACCAACAAUAUUGAGGGCAUCAGUCGGGAAUACAAGGACCACCUCAGUAAUUCCAUAGAGCGUGAAGGAAACCGGGAGAGAGCAGGUCAGGAGUGGUUCCAACAUGGCGCCUCGGUUGGCCAAGAGGAACGUAGCAACAAAAGCACAACCCCACAGUCUCCCCAGGAAGGAAAGGAUAAGAAGUCACUCAAGAGUGGCGGUCCAGACACGUUCACAAGCUUCCCCACUCAAGGGAAGUUACCGGAACCCAAUAAUCCCAGUGACCUGACAGUGACCUCCAGGGGGUUAAGUGACUUGGAGAUCGGCAUGUACGCUCUGCUCUGUGUCUUCUGCCUGGCCAUUUUGGUCUUCUUGAUCAACUGUGUGGCCUUUGCUUGGAAAUACAGACACAAAAGAUUCGCCGUGAGCGAGCAAGGCAACAUCCCCCAUUCCCAUGACUGGGUCUGGCUUGGGAAUGAAGUAGAACUUCUGGAGAACCCCGUGGACAUCACCCUCCCGUCGGAGGAGUGCACGACCAUGAUAGACAGGGGACUGCAGUUCGAGGAGAGGAACUUCCUUCUCAAUGGCGGUUCCCAGAAGACUUUCCAUAGUCAACUGCUCAGACCCUCUGACUAUGUCUAUGAGAAAGACCUUAAAAGUGAGCCUAUAAAUCCAUCGGGCCCAAAGCGGAAGCGAGUCAAGUUUACUUCCUACACCACCAUCCUCCCGGAGGACGGCGGCCCAUACACCAACUCCAUCCUGUUUGACAGUGAGGACAACAUCAAGUGGGUCUGUCAGGACACGGGGCUGGGGGGUCCCCGGGACCUUAGAGACUAUAUGGAAAGCCUGCAAGACCACAUGUGAACUCCUUUCUUACGUUUGUAUUCACCUUUAUGCCUUCUGUUUUUUGAACGGUGGAGCAGUGAGUUUGUUCAGCAAUAGGGGAUGAUUUAACAAAGCUUCAUUUGGGGCGGUCUGGGGCGGGGAAUCCCUUUCUGAGCAGGUGUCAGAGGCCUGGAGAGCUAUAGCAGCUGGGUUAUAAGCCGGGAAAUGUCUCGAAAGCAGCCGCCUGUAGAUCCUGGAGAAAUUCUAAGACGACAGUUCUAUCUGCUACCUGGUACUAGCUCAGUUCAAACAUACUAAACCUGACCCCACAGACAUUGUUAGUCAUCUCGCAACAAACGGCCACAUGGAAUUAGAAAAGGCUCGGGUGUUGAUUUUUCUAUUCCUAGAACUUUUAAAGCACAGUGGACAUUCCUUGCCCUUGGCCUGAGAUUGGAUGUACGUGAAAGAUGCUGAAUGUAGCCGCCCUUAUUUGUUACGAGGCUGCUCAUUAUUUUUAUACACAUUUGCACCUGCACCUGGUUCAUUUGGCCUCUGGAAUUCUUUUUGAAACAUGAAGAAGAGCAAUCGCGGUCUCCUCUCUCUGAGAUGUUUGAUUUUCACAUGAGUUUUAGUCGCUGACGUUCGCCACAUCCGUGUCGGACGGCAGGUGCUCUCCGUUGCCCACGUUCCUUACCUAAGGGGCAAUGUCUGAGAAGCUUAUCCUCACGCUGUCCUCCCUUCUCUUUGUUGUGGAACUUCCUUGUAUCAGACUGGGACAUGGGAUUUUACAUAAAAUAUUAAUAUACUGCAAGGGAGGGCCAUCUUUACAGUUUUCUAUACAGCGCUUACAGACUUUGGUGACCACUUGUCAACCACAUUUGUUUUUAUCUUCUGCUUGUGGAACAUUCGUGGGGGACUCCUGGAGUGUAUUUCUGAGGGCAGAAAGACCCUGAGAGAGUCGUAUUUAUACUGGUGCUUUCCGGUCAACACAAUUUGUUAUCCAAGCUGAAAUCAAAAUUUUAAAUUACUAUUACACAGAAAGGAAAUUGCGUAGGAGAUAUGUUCAGGUGGUACUUCCAUUUUACCAGAGCAAAAAAAAAAAAAAAAAAUUGAAAGUAAGUAGAAUGAUGUUUCAACUUAGCAAUAUGUAAAAAUCCAUCCAUAUAAUGACAUCCCCCCCCCAAAAAAAAUCAUCAGUCAUGACUCUGGCAGAGCUCAAACCUACGCAGGGUAUGCACUGAUGGAGAAAAGAAUGGGUUUGCUCCCAAGUUUCAUAAAAUAAAUGACUGUUGGAGAGUUUCAGAAGCAGGUAGGUAGAAAAACCAUAGCUGUUGGAAAGUCAGAGUGGCAACAGGAAAAAAACAUAAGCGUGACCCCCCCUGCAUAAUUUUUUAAUAAAAAAUGUCUUUCAAAGAAUAGUAGGAAUGGUUUCAAGCAGAGCAAGAAUUUCAGAUUAGCGGAGCAGAACAACAUUUGAUUACGGUGGGUUAGCUGGGAAAACGGGCACGGGACUAGCCCACCUAUUCCAGGAUUUCUGGUGCCAUCUGCAUCGCUGAGAAGUAGAAAUGUGAAGGCCAGAGUUGCGAAGACCUGCAGGAGGGGCAAGGAAGUGGUCGGCUGACUCCACACGGUGGAGGAGCGAGCUGUUGGAACAAGAGGUUGUGAGCUUUCUGUGUGCGGGAGCACGACCACCCGCCUCCUCCAACGGACGGCGUCCUACCCGUGUCUCUCGCCCACGGGACUGCAGCGGGUUUGUAAACAGUGCAUAAAUCCGCAGGCUUGUGGGCCUGAUCUCUAGAGGCCAGUGUCCAGCCGAUCUUGUGUCUCAGAUGGGGGUUAAGGGCUGAAGCCGGUGAAGUUUCAAAAAUCUUCCAACCUGAUGGGUGAAGGAAGCCAGGAGACCCGGGCCUUGGCUUCGGAGGGAGUUUGCACAGAGAAGGCUGAUGCCUGGCAGCAAGAGCACCCUGGGCACCCAGAGGAGGCUGAGGCCGCUCACCGAGGGUUCGGUGCAGAGGGAGCUCGGCCCGCCGGGGAGGCCCUGGGGAAGUUCACACGCUAAUGCCACGUAGCUCUCCUAUCGAGUCCCACUCCUGUGCCGUGUUCUCAGUGUUCUCUGCCUUUGGAUCUUCAGCAUUCCAACAUAACGGGAACUUCGAGUCUGAAACUGAGGAAGCUCAGCUGGUAUGGGGGUGAGUCUCUCACACACGCGCACACGGACAGCAGGCUGCCCCCGCUGCUACAAUGAGGCCCUGGGUCAGGGGGUGAUCUGGGAAGGGACAAGGGACGUUACCAUUGCCGUGGGGAGCAUUACUGAGAAGCUUGCAAAUCAGAGCCUUUCCUGGGGUCUGAGCACUUGCUGGGGGCAGAGCGCAGACUAGGCAGCAUCAGAAGGGAGAACGUGCCGCUGGGUUCUCAGGAGCGGGAAACUGACCGCUGUCCUGAAGAUGCCUCCCGGGGGGUGAGCCACAGUCCCCCAGUGUGAUCUGGGCUCUGUACAGUCACUUUUGCUGGCUUCUGUUCAAACUAAGUUCACUAUGAGUCACGUGGAAGGUCACGGGGCGGGGGGUCCCUUUUACCACACAGGGCACACUCACACGGAUGCACACAUGUAUGCACGUGAGUGUGUGAAUAGUGAGGAGCCAGGGAAUACAGUAUUUAGUGGAAUCGGCACCGUGGCUUGCUCCCCGACUUGGCGUGGGCACUGUUCCCAGCUCCCCAGGAUUUCAGUGAGGUUCUUUCUGUUCUAAAUGUUUCCCGCUCACCAGCAACCAUGGAUUAUAUCCACUUGUUUUUCAACUAGAUCAUUUAAAACGAAUAGGAACCCCUCAAUAUCUAAACUAGAAUGGGGAAAAGAUGUAACUUAGGAAACCUUGAAAUCCGUUCCCUGGGGGCCUGCACUCACCUGGAGUUUCCAGGUUUUUACAGCUGGAUCGGUGCGAUUCGUCACCGGAACAGACCAACAGUGAUAAAGCCCUGUCCUUUCCCUAAGAAGGGAAUACUUAGGCACCGCCCUCCCCCCAAGGCCAGCACCAGCCAGCCUCCUGAGGGGCCACAGGCUGGGAGCUGUGCGGGUCCCACGGAGGGUAGCUCAGGCGCCCACAGGGACCAGGCCACCUAGAACGGGGAGGGAGAGAGCGGUGUCCCCCACGGCCAGAUGUGCUCCCUCCCAGGCCGGGGCGCGGGGUGCCACAUGACGGAGGUAGAGCUUAAAUGCACAGAGUCGCAUCUUCAGGAAAGCCAGAAGACCCUGCCAAUGUCCCUGAAGAACGCCCCCCAGCAAGCCUCGGGCCACCCCGUGCGCACGGACAGAGGACUGACUGACCUCCCAGCUAUUUUGUGUUGCACCCUGGCCAGGGUCAGCUCCCAGACUUCAACUCCAGGCAGAGGGUGUCUGUGUGCACAUGUUAAUGCAGGGAAAACAUGGAUUACUUUUUGUCCCAUUUGCCACAUCCAUAGACGAGCACUUUGUACUUCGUUCAUUUUUAAGUUUUAGGAAGUCUGCCUUUGUGCAUUUUGAUCCUUUGCAUCCUUUCUUCACCCUUUUGGAAAGGCAUCUUCCCGGUGUUGGGGUGUUGGGACCGGUCAAGGCUCUGUGUCUGAGAACUAGCCAGCCCGCCUUCAACAACCACGCAGAGCGGUUGCACCUGCUUCCUACGUGGCUCCGGGACCAUUGUCUUUUCUACUCGAAUCAUCUCAGAAAUGGCUUCAAUUCUCCAUCCUCGUCUCUGUAAGUGACACGAUGGAUAGUUUAUAGACUCAGCAACCAUCUCCCCCAUCGAAAUUCUACACGUGUGAUGUACCGCGUAUCACCUGUGAGUGAAGGGACAGGACGGGUGGUGGAGGUUACGGGAGGAUGCGGCUCGCAGAUAUUUUUGUAUGUAACAUACGCAAUACCCUGAGGCACCGAGAGGUGUGCUGGAAUAAAUACAUUUUACAGUAAAAGCAUGCAAUGCUGUAGCUUUUAAAUGUACAGACCUCCUGCUCAAAAAUAUCUAAACCCAUGGUGGGGGAAACACUGGGUAGGAACGCGGCCUGGAGAGGGCGCAGCUCGUUGGCGGCAUCACUGAUGGAACCUGCCAGAAUAUUUUGAUCUUACUCUUCAUUGCUUUUGGAUUUUUUUUCCUCUUUUUUUUUUUUUCCUGGAAAUAUUUCAGAAAUAAAGUGACUACAUUUCCCAGCAUAAAGGUAUAUUCUAACCACAGGGUAACUCAUCAUUUUUAACAUGAAAAUAAACAUUUAAACACUCUUCCGUGGUUUCAUUAUUUUACGCACACAGUCCCUUUUCAACUUUGGCCUCUGUAUGAUUUUGCUAGAUAUCUAUUUUUUUCUUCUUAGCCAGAGAUUUUUAAUACCUCUGAUACAGCAAUAAAUGGAAACCAAAAGAAAAUGUUGCUUAAAAGUUGCCAACAACUUGCACCUUGGAAAGCUCCUCAUUUGCUUCCCCAGCUGGGGGACACUUAUUCUGGGAUGUGUCAGAAGGAGGGCUCGUGGCACCCAGUCCCUGGCCAGGGUCACACCGUCUUGGACUCAGCGCUGACAUGCAGGAUGCAGUGGCCCCUGACCUCGGUCUCCUUUCUGGUCUUUCCUUGUGGAUGGCUCACUCAAGUAUGUAUCUGGGGCAUGGGCGUGGGUGCUGAGGACCAGAGCUGUGGAGACAUAAGAAAAACACAAGAGCGCCGGGCUCCUGCCUGGGAGGCUGAUGGAAGCGUUUCAGCUGACGGCCGGCCAGGUGCUGCGGAGCCCCCACAGGUCCUCUGUUGGCAUGAGUGUCCUCCCCAAAACUGCCAGUAUCACCUUUGGCAUCUUGGCAAAGGCCGCCCCUUGCUUUCAGGAAGAGGCAGUAACUUGAGCUAAGUGGGCUCUGCAGACCUCAUUUGACGCAGCGGGUGUAAACACGGGGGUUUGGGUUUGGCUUGUGGAAUCAGAUCCGCAGAGUAGCAGGCUGCAGAUGAGCCCCCGUGCUCUCCCAGGCGUGGAGGAUUUCCCACUGACCACCUCCCCCUCCUCCUCCUCGUCCUCGGAACGUAGGAGGACGGAGCCACGGCCCCUGCACGCUCGCCCCAGGCCCCAGGGUGCACAUACAUAGUCAGUAAAGUUGGUUUCUAAAAGAGAAAGGAAAAAGAAGCUUGAAAAAAGGUUUGUAAAAGAAUGAACCCUUGUUAUAUUUAGUUUUUGAGUGUGUGCAAAGUGCAAACCCCCACAUUUCCAAUUUGGGGGGGUAUUGAUUCCUUCAUGCCUUUAGUUUCUCUAUGGUUUCACACAGCUUAGAUUGGCAAUGGAGGAUUUUUUGUUGUUGUUUGCUUUUAGAAAUUGUAAAGAAUAUGAGAAAGGGCAGGAACAUUGUACCCUGGGUCUUCUAGGAGUCUAGGGUGAGCAGGACACUGUCAUUCUCCAGAGGGGAAAUAACGGUCCAAGUCCAAUAGGGCCUUCCUGCCCCAGUCCAAGAAAGUAAUCAUGUCAUCAAAACUGGACAAUCUUCAUGUUCCAUGAGAUGCCUUUAUGAUUUCUUUGGCUUUAAUUAUUGCCCUUGGUCAGUUCAAGAUGAAACCUUUUCAUUUGAUCUUAAGGAUUGAAAUCUCGUUAGACACUGCAGAAGCCAAGAGGACAGGCGGUCUUUUUAAUGCAUCUACCCUGCCUGUUGGAAGAACGCACUUUACAAACAGUGGGAUGGAUGUUGCUCUGGAAUUUGGGGUCCAUGUGAUACCGACCUCUCGACCCAUUUGAAAAUAGUACUUCUCUAGGCUUAAGUCACUGUUGACCUGACCCUUCUUUCUUUUCUUCCUUUGGCCAAAGAGCAUGUAACACUUUCUGGUUCCCAUGAUAAGGCUGCAGCCAAAAGAAUCGCUGCUUGAUGAUGACCUCCUUUGUAGGAAUUUGACUCGCUGAAUGAAGUAACACCAACACCAGCGUAGACACUGCCCGGGUAGUGUAGUUUCUUCACUUAGAGAUGCUUCCUUGGAGAGUGUGCCUUGUUCUCUUUGUCCUAACCACAUAGGAUCUCUGUUUUAUCUGGGUAAGUUCCCACUUGAGGCAAACACGCUCUAAUCCCAUGGGUAUUGUAGGCUGACAAGGGGCACCCACGAGGCAUUGAUAAAGCACACCCUCCCAGGUUCUCAGCCCCCGUGUUCCACUCUCCGGGUUAUGCGUCUCUCCUGGGUACAGCUGUAAACUUGUGUGGGGCCUUUUACUGUCUCAGUGGCCCUGCCGCUGUAAAUCGCUUACACCUGCCAGUUCCCAUCCCCAGAGACGCCAAGACUGGCCACAGGAGGGACCAACGUGCUUCCUCUGGGCACACAGACCACCGAGCAAGUGACCUUUCCUUAGCUGUCCUCCACGGGGAGCCUUAUUUUGAACAUCAAUUUAAAAUUCAAUGCAGAUUCCAGGAAUGAAUCUGUUGCCCGACCCCCCAUGACAGUGAUGUUCCAGGCAUGGUCGUGGGUUUAAGCCAAAGCCUAAAGUAUGGAAGGCAGGAGCCGGAGAGUAGAGAAUUACGUAAUAAGUGAACAACAAUGGGUACCACACAGCAGAUCCAUGCUCUCGGUGGGGGGCCACACGUGUCUCCCCGUGGCCAACGAUUCUUACGAUGCUGCUUAUCUAUAUAACACGUGUCUGAAGAGCAUGCCGUGUGCUCACAAUUUAAAUCUGUCAGGUUCCCUGGCUCUUCUCAGGCAGGUGGAUCUGAUCUGGGCUGCCGAGCGCAGUGAACGGCCAAAUCCACACAGCCCACUUCCGGCUGGCUUCUGGGCAACAGUGGGGGAUAUUUGGCCUGGCAUUUGAAAAAAAAAACAAAGGUGUUAUCCCCUACUUUCUACUUUUCUGAGUUGGGUUCUUGUUGCCUGGUACUCGCCCGAUAUUAUAAACAGAGCAUGCUGUGAUAACAUUGUGCUUCUAUAUCCUUUUUCGGUUGUAUAACGUCUUUCUCAUAUUACCCACGGUUUUCAGUAUGAUCUGUUGUAUAUGUUCUUCGGUAUAUUUAACAUAUCUGUAAAGGCACUUCCAAACAUUUUGAAAAUGAAGAAAUAAAACGUGUUGGACGAUU